AUUAGUAUAAAAGCUCGUUGCAAUCAAUUCGGGGUAUCAAAUCUAGUUGAGAAUUCAAACUAACAACAUGAAAUUCGCCGUUGUCGUAGUCUUGUUGGCUGUUGCCCUUGGAAUCGAAGCUUCAGGGCUUGCAUGGGGUGCGCAUUAUGCUCCAGCCCUCUCAUACACUGCCGUUAGUGGACCAGCUGCCCAUGGUGCAUGGGGACAUGGAGCCUGGGCUGGUCCAGCUGCUUGGGGACAUGGUGCAUGGGCUGGUCCAGCUGCCUGGGGUGCUCAUGGUGCAUGGGCUGCUCCCGCUGCUGUAGAUGUUUCUCAUGGAGCCUAUGGUCAUGGAGCCUGGGGACAUGGAGCUUGGGGUCAUGGUGCCUGGUCUGCACCAGCUGUUGCCGUUCAUGCUCCAGCCGCUGUCCAUGCUCCUGCCGCUGUUGCUGUCCACGCCCCAACCGCCGUUGCUGCUCAUGCCGCUAUUGCCCCAGCUGCCCACGCUUGGGGUCAUGAAGGAAGCUAUGUAGCCCAAACUCGUGGUGCUACACAUGUUGCUCCAUUGGCUGGACAUGCUCACUCGGCUGCUGCUAUCAACGUUCACCCAGCCCCCGGAACUGUUUAAACAAAUUUUAUUUUAAUUUUUUACGGAAGUUAUUGGACAUUGAUACUCGUUUUGUGAACAUCGCUUUUACUGAUGCAUUGUAAAUAAAAUACUCAUUUUAUUUAUUGUA